AUGCGGGCAGGGUUUCGGCGUGGGCCUAGGGUGGUAGGGGAGAGUUGGUUGUUGCUGCCGGAUGGACAGCCGAGGGAGGUGACGGGGAGAAGGGUUUCCGACGGGUUAAUGGUGAGGGACGCGGCAGUAGAGGGGGAGAAUAGGGAGGAGGCCGAGGGCCUGGUGGUGGGGGUGGGGAAGAGGCGUAGGGAGGAGCUCGUGGAUGGUGGGAGAUCGGAGGGGCAGGGAGUGGAUGUUACAAUGUCCGAGAUUGGAAGGGCACAGGGGUUGCUGAAUUGUCAGCAGCAAUGUGGAAGCUCUUUGAUGAGAUGGGGAGGUGACCACUUCCAUAAGUUUGGGGAAAAAAUAAAACGGCUUCGGAAGAGACAGGAGGAGAUCAGAAGUCGUAGGGAUUCUGCUACUUUAGCUGAAUUCCAACAGGUGGAGAGCCAGUUGAGCCAACUAGAGGCCCAGGAGGAUGUGUUCUGGAGGCAGCGUGCCAAGCAACAUUGGCUCCGUGGUGCUGAUGCCAACACUCCUAUUUUCGCUUCUGGUGUUUCUGAAUGUGUGGACCCCUUAUUUGAUGAUUUUGCCCCUCGAGUAUCCCUUGAACAAAACAAUGAAUUAUUGCGCCCUUUUGUGCCUGAGGAAGUCAAAACUGCUCUGUUCUCUAUGUUUCCUGACAAAGCACCGGGGCCGAAUGGAAUGAAUCCGGGGUUCUAUCAGCACUUUUGGGAUGUAGUUGGAGGUGAUGUGUCUCAGAUGAAACCACUCAUGGGGGACUUGAUCUCAGAGUCUCAGAGUGCUUUUAUCCCAGGUAGGCUGAUCAUAGAUAAUAUCCUAGUAGUUGCAGAGGUUGGUCAUUUUUUGAAUAGGAAGCAAUGUGGGGCCACAGGUUGGGGGGCUUUGAAGUUGGAUAUGGCGAAGGCCUAUGACAGAAUGGAGUGGCAGUUUUUACGGAAAAUGGCAAAUGUGCAGGAGGCUACGGUGAUUAAAAAGUGCCUGAAUCGUUAUGAGAACUUGUCUGGUCAGAAGGUAAAUUUUCAUAAGUCUAAUAUCUGUUUUAGCAGAAACACGCAGGAGGCCGAAAGGUUGGCGGUGGCGGACUGCCUACAGGUUGACCAAGCCCCAAAUUUUGGAAAAUACCUGGGGCUUCCUUCGUUUGUGGGAAGAAAUAAAAAGGCAGCUUUUGCUUAUGUAGAAGAAAAGAUCAGGCAAAGGAUAGGGUCAUGGAAUAAAAAACUGCUAUCACAGGCUGGUAAAGAAGUCUUGUUAAAAAGUGUGGCACAGGCAAUGCCUACUUUCACAAUGGGCAUAUUUCUCUUGCCCGAUUCAGUCACUUUGUCCAUUGAAAGAACUAUGAAUAGAUAUUGGUGGGGCAGUGGAACGGACAGGAAAAUCCACUGGAAAGCUUGGGAUAAGCUGUGUGUUCCCAAGAAUUAUGGUGGUCUGGGUUUUAAGGAUCUACGGAAAUUUAAUCUGGCAAUGUUAAGAAAACAGGGCUGGCGGUUCCUAACUAAUCCAAACACUUUGGCAGCAAAAGUUUAUAAGGCACGGUAUUAUCCGAAUACUUCUUUUGUGGAUGCAACCAUUGGAAAUUGCCCUAGUUAUUGCUGGAGAAGUAUUAUGACAGCACAUGAUAUUAUUGUGUCUGGUGUAAGGCGAAGGGUGGGUAAUGGAAAAUCAACUUUGAUAUGGGGACAUCCCUGGUGA